AUGGCCCCAGACGCGAAGCCCAAGAACAGGCCUCAGCAGUCCUGUCUGAAAUGCCGCGAACGCAAGAUUAAGUGCGAUCGCUCCAUCCCAUGCAGCGCCUGCACAAGCCGCGGCCUCGAAACCGAAUGCGUUUACCUCACCACCCCUGAAGACCGCGCGCACAUUAGCCAGGCGGAGAUCAUCGAGCGCCUGCGCAGAGAGGUUGCGCAGCUGCGCACCCAAUUAACCCAGACUCCUCCACGCGGCCCAAGCCCCAAACGCAACUCCAAUGCCGGUUCCCACAACUGGACCCCUUAUGCCCGCCCACAAGACUCGAAAUCCAAGUCUCCCGAUGUUCUAUAUGGAGCUUCGGGGGCGCCGUUUGGAUAUAAUGCGGCCGCGGUGCACGGCGCGGGUCCUGGCUCGGCGCCGGAGGGUCAGCUCCUGCGGAUCUGCCAGAGGGGAGCUGUGGCGAGCCCAGGGAGCACGGAGAGUGAUAGUGGGGUGGGGGUGGGGGUGGGGGGGAUGUCGCAGCCGGUAUAUCAGGCUGGGGCAGGGUUUACGAUGAGUAGUCCGAACCUGACGGGCGAUAUUCCCACGUCGCAUUGUCCACCCGGAGACAUGACAGCCCUUGCACCGGGCGAGAACCCGAAUCCGAUGCCAAUGCAGGGUGCGCAAGUAUAUACACAUCCUGCGCCACAGCCAUACCCAAUGAACGAAGGCGUCCCAGCGCCGUACAUGAAUAACGAAUACCCUACUCACGACCAACACUACCAUGAAAAGUACCAGAACAUGAUGAACGACUAUGAAGCACGAGCGUUUCAUUCGCAAUGGGGACAGCAGCAGUUUAUCGCGGCCCCGCCGUUAUCAGACUCAGCGUAUUAUUCUUCCUCGCCCCCGGCGCCAUUCAUAGGGGGUUACGCCCCAAAACACCAAGGCGCAGAUGUGCAGCCUCCUUCAGCGGCACCGCAGUUCGUCGACCAAAACACCCGCUCUUCAAUAUCAAGCAUGGCGCAGUCUGUCCCGAGCCCGUGGAAGGGGGAGGGAAAGCAAGAGCUUCUGGAAACCUUAUUCAGGACCAUUGGCAGCUGCAGUGAAGAGAAUGUGGCGCAGGUUGUCCAGGUGGUGAGGAACAGUGCGACACCCGAGGACGCUGUCUCGGGUAUAUGUCAGGUUCUAGGGAUUGGAGGAAGUGCGCGAUGA